AUGGAUGGCCAAGGGGAACGUCCAUCGUUCGACAUAGCCAUCGUGGGCGCGGGCGUCGUGGGCGUCCACGUCGCGAUUGGCCUUUUGGACCGGGGCAUUCCAUUCACCAUAUACGAACAAUCCGCCGAACUGACAGAGAUGGGAGCUGGCAUCACAGUGACUUCCACCGUUCUCAAAUCCUUGGCUGCUCUGCACUCCGAAGCUCCGCAACGCUUAUUCAAAGUCUCAAAUCCGAUAAAGAACAUCAACUGCGUCAAUGGCUCCAGUGAUGAUCUAAACCUUCGCCCCUCAGAUGGGUUGUACGAUUUGAUCCAGCCUUACCAACUCCACGCAGCUCACCGCGCUAAAUUGGUAGAAGGGUUGCUCCAGCUUAUUCCCAAAGAGCACAUCAAGCUAGGGAAGCGCAUAGAGUCAAUUGUGGAUGGAGCAGAGGAUGAGAAACUUGUCCUCCAGUUUGCCGAUGGUACUACAGCCGAGGCCGACGCAGUCAUCGGAUGCGAUGGUAUCAAGUCUCGUGUUCGACAAAUUGUUGGAGGCUCGGACAAUCCCUCAUCUUCCCCCCAUUACUCUAAUAUGAGUGCCUACCGCGGCCUAAUCACCAUGGAGAAGGCCACAGCAGCCCUCGGCCAGCUCGUUAAAGACCCCGUUUGGUAUUUAGGCCAAGGCGCAUCCAUGGUGACGUACCCAAUUCUCGGCCCAGGGGGCAUCCCAGUCCUCAACGUGGUGGCUUAUGUGCACGAUGAACAAGACUCGCUGAGCUUGGACAGCUUAGUAUCCGAGGGAAACAAAGAGCAUGUCGAGACGGCCUUUUCCCAGUUUGGAUCUUCUGUCAAAGAAGUGAUAAAAGCCUUGCCGGAUAAGCUCAACCGCUGGGCUCUAUUUGACAGCUACGCGCACCCACUCCCGUCCUAUGCCUAUGGGCGCACAGUCCUCGCAGGAGAUGCUGCUCAUCCGUCAACGCCUCAUAUUGGAUCGGGAGCCGGUAUGGGUAUUGAAGAGGCAUUGAUCCUCGCGGAGCUCCUAAAAUCAGCUACAGAGCGCAUAGGCGUCUCUGAUGUCUCUACAACCAAACAUAAGUUGCUCGAGGCGGUUUUCAAGGCAUAUAGUCAUAUUCGGCAGCCAAGAACACAGUGGAUAGUUGCCCAGAGCCGCACCAUAGGCGUCAUGUCGCAGGGGCGCCAUGAAGAGAUGGGGAGGGAUUUUGACCGUUACGCCGUAUAUCUCAAGGAAACCAUAGGCAAACUCGAGACCUAUGAUUGGAAAGACUCGCUCAGCCAAGCUGUUGAUCAGUUUGAGCGCGAAUUAGGGGCUUCUGUUUAA